GCGGGCUUGCGUUGGCCCGCUCGCUCGGAUCUUCCCCCAACACACACACACACCCCGCCUCCCGGCCUGGGCUGGGUGUCGGCGGGCGGCCGGACGCCGGCUGUCAUGGUGCGAGCGGCGCGGCCCCGUUGAGCGUCGGCGUGGCGGCGGCGAGCCCGGCUCGGGGUCACCAUGCCUACCCGAGUAUGUUGCUGCUGCUCUGCUUUGCGUCCUCGCUACAAACGCCUGGUGGACAACAUAUUCCCUGAAGAUCCAAAAGUAAUUUGAUCUACAUCUACUGACCCUUCUCUUUGCUGACCCAUUCUGCCCCUGCUGACCUCCCUAAGGAUGGCCUUGUUAAAGCUGAUAUGGAGAAAUUGACCUUUUAUGCCGUAUCUGCUCCAGAGAAGCUGGAUCGCAUAGGCGCCUAUCUAGCCGACAGGUUGAGCAGGGAUGUUGUCAGACAUCGUUCUGGGUAUGUUCUAAUUGCUAUGGAGGCUUUGGACCAACUUCUUAUGGCCUGCCACUCUCAAAGCAUCAAGCCAUUUGUAGAAAGCUUUCUUCAUAUGGUAGCAAAGCUACUGGAAUCAGGGGAACCAAAGCUUCAAGUUCUUGGAACAAACUCUUUUGUCAAAUUUGCAAAUAUCGAAGAAGAUACACCAUCCUAUCACAGGCGAUAUGACUUCUUUGUAUCUCGAUUCAGUGCCAUGUGUCAUUCCUGUCACAGUGAUCCUGAGAUACGAACAGAAAUCCGGAUUGCUGGAAUAAGAGGGAUUCAAGGUGUGGUUCGCAAAACAGUUAACGAUGAACUUCGCGCUACCAUUUGGGAACCUCAGCAUAUGGACAAGAUUGUUCCAUCCCUCCUGUUUAACAUGCAGAAGACUGAAGAAGUUGACAGUCGCCUAGGCCCUCCUUCUUCUCCUUCUGCAGCUGAUAAAGAGGAGAACCCCGCUGUGUUGGCUGAGAACUGCUUUAGAGAACUGCUGGGCCGAGCAACUUUUGGGAAUAUGAAUAAUGCAGUUAGACCAGUUUUUGCGCAUUUAGAUCAUCACAAGUUGUGGGAUCCUAAUGAAUUUGCAGUUCACUGCUUUAAAAUCAUAAUGUAUUCUAUUCAGGCUCAGUAUUCUCACCAUGUCAUCCAGGAGAUUCUUGGCCACCUUGAUGCUCGUAAAAAAGACUCUCCCAGGGUUCGUGCAGGUAUUAUUCAGGUUCUGUUAGAAGCUGUGGCCAUUGCUGCUAAAGGCUCCAUAGGGCCUACAGUGCUGGAAGUCUUCAAUACCCUACUGAAACACCUGCGUCUUAGUGUGGAGUUUGAAGCCGGUGAUUCGCACAGGGGAUCGGUAGGCAGUGUCACCUUAAGUUCCAAAGACAGUGAUGAGAAGAUUGUGCAGAACGCUAUCAUCCAAACGAUAGGAUUUUUUGGAAGUAACCUACCAGAUUACCAGCGGUCAGAAAUCAUGAUGUUCAUUAUGGGGAAAGUACCUGUUUUUGGAACAUCUACUCAUACUUUAGAUAUCAGCCAACUAGGAGAUUUGGGAACUAGGAGGAUCCAGAUAAUGUUGCUGAGAUCUUUGCUCAUGGUAACCUCUGGAUACAAAGCCAAGACAAUUGUGACUGCACUGCCUGGGUCUUUUCUGGACCCUCUGUUAUCCCCAUCUCUCAUGGAAGAUUAUGAGCUGCGGCAGUUGGUCUUGGAAGUAAUGCACAACCUCAUAGACCGCCAUGACAACAGGGCAAAGCUUCGCGGGAUCAGAAUAAUACCAGAUGUAGCUGACCUGAAAAUUAAAAGAGAAAAAAUUUGUAGACAAGACACGAGUUUCAUGAAAAAGAAUGGCCAACAGCUAUAUCGGCACAUAUAUUUGGGCUGUAAAGAAGAAGACAAUGUUCAGAAAAACUAUGAACUACUCUAUACAUCUCUUGCUCUUAUAACUAUUGAAUUAGCCAAUGAAGAGGUAGUGACUGAUCUUAUCCGAUUGGCCAUUGCUUUACAGGACAGUGCGAUUAUCAAUGAGGAUAAUUUGCCCAUGUUCCAUCGGUGUGGGAUUAUGGCACUGGUUGCAGCUUAUCUCAACUUUGCAAGUCAGAUGAUAGCUGUUCCUGCAUUUUGCCAGCACAUUAGCAAGGUCAUUGAAAUUCGAACGAUGGAAGCCCCUUAUUUCCUUCCAGAGCAUAUUUUCAGAGAUAAGUGCAUGCUUCCAAAGUCUUUAGAAAAGCAUGACAAAAAUUUGUACUUUCUGACCAACAAGAUUGCAGAGUCACUAGGUGGAAGUGGAUAUAGUGUUGAGAAACUCACAGUACCCUAUGUACCACAGGUAACAGAUGAAGAUCGUCUUUCUAGAAGGAAAAGUAUUGUGGACACCGUAUCCAUUCAAGUGGAUAUUUUAUCUAACAGCAUUCCUUCUGAUGAUGUGGUUAGUAACACAGAAGAAAUCACCUUUGAGGCAUUGAAGAAAGCGAUUGACACCAAUGGCAUGGAAGAACAGGAAAAAGAAAAGAGACGACUUGUAAUAGAAAAGUUCCAGAAAGCACCUUUUGAAGAAAUAGCAGCACAGUGCGAAUCCAAAGCAAAUUUGCUUCAUGAUAGACUUGCUCAGAUAUUGGAACUCACCAUACGUCCUCCUCCCAGCCCAUCAGGAACACUGACCAUUACUUCCGGGCAUGCCCAGUACCAAUCUGUCCCAGUCUAUGAGAUGAAGUUUCCAGACCUCUGUGUGUACUGAACGAAGACCUAUGCAUAGGAUUGUAAAGCCUAAAACUGAAGGCCCAGCUGAAUUUUCAGGGUUUACUUAACGCUUGUAAUCAUACUUGUGGAAAAUGACGGUGGAAUUUAUUUGUUACCAAACGUUUGGCACGCUAUAGUAGAAGUUUGGGAACCAUAUAUUAUUUAGAGUAGCUUUAAAGAUAGAUUCACACCAUGUAAAUUUGUGUUGAGGUUCCUGUUAGCUUCUAAAGCUGGACAUGUAUUGGUCUCACAUAAUUCCACUGUUAAACAGCAUAUUUUCAACUUUUCACAAACAUGUAUUUUUUUAAAAAAAAAUUGAAGAUGUAUAACCUGUCUAUUAUUUCUUAAACAGCUGCACCACUGCUUAGAAGUAAGAUUGCCUUUGUUUCUGGUUAUGUGCAAAAGUAAAUGUAGUCCUCCCUCUCCAGAGGGUGCAGCUUCCUGUCCUGCUCUCGAGAGCCUGGCAUAGGCAGGCCUGCAGCCGCCCGCCAUAGCCACCUGCAAGAGGCCAUCAGCAGCUGUGUGGUGGUAAAACAUCUCUCGGAUACUAGUGCUAGGUCACGACCCUGAAAAUCGCCAUACUUCACAUUGUCUGGUUCUUCGACCUCUUAGAGCUUAGAGCUUAUUACUUCUGGAGUACCGAACUGUGCAAUAUUUUUUACAUCAUAAGAUGUAUAGUUUACAAACUGUUUUGAACCUAUAGUCAUAUUUUGCCUUGGCUUUAUUAAUUGAGUGAAAUAUAUAUACAUAUAUAUAUAUAUUUAGAAUAGAAAAGAAAGACACUUAAGACAGCUACUAGUUCACCUGUGAGGAGUCUGUGCAUUUCAGUUUCUACUAAGAAUACAUACUUUGCAUUUUCAUAUUGUGUAUUCCUUUCACUCUUGCUAGUAAAAAAUUUUAAUUUGGGAGAUUUGAGCAAAAACUUGUGUACAUCUCUGUCUAGGGUUAAUUGCAUUAUUUCCUGACAGUACCUCUGUCUUAGCACUCAGAUGCUAAGGUUUGUCAGUGAGAACUGCUUUCAGUGUCAGCUUCCAAACCCAAGGCCAGGCUGCAUUCUUACGUUUCAGUGCAUUCCAUCACAGGGUGAAAAUGAACAGCUUUCUUUGUCAUUCUCAGAAAGUUCUCUUAGGAUGUUUUUAUAAUAUCGCCUUAGUUUUACCUUCUCAGGUUCAAUUUUUUUUAAAUUUUUUUUUGACGUAUCCAGAGCUGUCAUUCAAAAAAUUUGGUUUUGUCUUUUGUUUUUGUUUGAAAAAUUGCAGUGAAGAAUGAGAUGUUUUUAACUUUGUGUUGAUGGUUCUUUGGGCUCUGUUAGUGAAACAGAAAUAAAUAAGGAAAUGAUAAUAAAUAUCCUCAGAUUUUUUUAAAAUAUUGAAACUGAAGCGUAACGUCUUGAAAGAGUCUAGUGGUUUAAAGACGUAAAAUAGAUACUGACAUGUCUGGAGCUGCUGGUUAUGUGCAGAAAAACCAGACCCUACUUUCCAAGACAAGGCAGUCACUCCCGGAGGACCACAUGGCCUUGCCGCAGAUGUCACGUGACUUCCCCUCCUAACAGGUAAAACGUCUCAUCACUCACUAAGUGAAAUCUUAUGUUGUUGUUUUUUUUUUAUUUCUCUCUCCUUAUGCAUUUGUAAGUUAGCAUAUUAAUUUCUGACUGAAUUGAACAUAUACGCAGGGGGACAUGCAAAAACAAUCACCAUCCACUUGGAUGUCAUUUUAUAAAUUAACACUGUGUGGUUUUGUAUGGAAGAAAUAAAUAUAUAUAUAUAUAUAUAAUUUAAUAGGGUAAGAAAAAUAUAUAUUCAUUUGCACUCAUGUGAAACCAAACUGCCCUACAGAAUUUUAUGUUUCUCAGUGGUAUUAAAAAUGCAUGUGUUGCAUGUAAAGGAAAACCAUCACAAUUAUUGUUGACCAUAGUUCUCUCUUGGUUUUUUGUAAACUGUUGCUCUGCGUUUUGUUGGGGAGGUUUAAUUGCAGUUCUUUUUAAAUCAUGGUAGACUUCUAUAUAGUCCAGAUCUAGUAGACUGAACUGGCCCUUGUUGACACGGAUUCUCAAGGAGUAGCCAUUUUCUCUGGCCACCCCCACCCCCACCCCCCAAUGCCGGCAGGGGGUCUCUGCAGAGAGAGCUGAGCAAGCCACCAGGGAGCGGGUUCAGACACUGGAACUUCGGGAUUCUUCAAGUCCCUUGUAUAGCUGCACUUUGGUAGAUGUAAAGAACUGGAAGCAAAUUGUUAUUCAUUCUCUCUCCGCUUUAUACAGUCACUUAUUCUUUAGCAUGACCUUGAACCACUCACAUUUAAAUGUUCUUACUGGGCUUGUGUCUGUAAGCUGCUCAGAGUUUAAUUGUAUUUUACACGAACACAUUCAUACUUCCUUCAUAUUUCUUAACUUGUAGAGUACCAGCAAAUAACUUCCCACUCCCCAAAAUGUUUCUUUUCCUCCUCCUCGAAAAUAUUACUGAUUUGUCUGAUUCAUGCUGAUAUACGUGUUAAUGUAAUGUAGUAAGUUUUUUUAAUGUAAAACUUCACUGUGCAAUCAUAUGUAAGCAAUAAAAUGAAAUUGAGUUACUUGUAUGUAA